UCCAUCUUUUAAACACGUGUGAUUAAAUGCGCAUGCGUAAAACCUAAGUAUUUCCGUUCUAAAGUGUAAACAUAGUCUUAUGAUAAUGAUAAUGUGUCAAAUAAGUUUGUCGUUGUCCCAUCGUACACAAUGAAUGUAUGAUUAAGGAAUUGUGAAGUUGUAUGAUCAAUUAGUUGGGUAAAGACAACACAAAAUAGACCAUGGACACAUCAUCUGACCCAUUGUUGCCAGAGACCCAUGGGCCCAUCCCUAAAGACAGGUUUCAUUUAGUUUACAUGAUCUUUUGUCUACUUGGACUGGGAGCUCUGAUUCCUUGGAACUUUUUCAUAACAGCAAAUGCGUAUUUCAAGUACAAGCUUCGAAACACCACGGUGUCAGAACAGCAAUACCUGGAGCCACAGUAUGAGACGCAGCUACAGACCAUGUUUGAGGGAUACCUCACUGUGGCCAGUACUGUGCCCAACCUUGCGUUCAACUUCAUCACUGCCAUGCUCAUUAGUAGAAUUGGUCUGAAAGUUCGAAUGGUAACGGCUCUUGUUCUGAUGAUCACAAUUUUUCUGGUGACUGUCAUUUUGGUGAAAAUGGAUACAGAUACAUGGCAGCCCACAUUUUUCUGGAUCACCAUGGUUUCCUGCGUGCUCAUCAACAUUGGCAGCUCUAUACUGAGCACAUCCCUGUUUGGCCUGGCCAGCCUGUUCCCUGGCAAGUACAUGCAGGCAGUGAUGUCAGGACAGGCUCUCGGAGGUGUGUUUGCAGCCAUUAGUAAUCUAGUCACGCUGUCGGUGGGGUCCGGAGUAAUACUUAGCGGACUCAGCUACUUUCUCAUAGCGUUGUUCACGAUUGCCGUUUCACUGAUUGGAUUCGCCUCAUUAUACUGUAUAGACUACUCACGCUAUCAUAUAUUAGAAAUAGGUGAAACUUUUAAUGUACAAGUAAAUGGUGUGAAUGGUGAAGACAGUAUAGAUACAGUCAAUACUCAAAAGGGUUGUUUCCAAACAAAGCUCAUUUUAAAACGGGUAUGGAAGGAAGGCCUGAGUGUAUGCAUAGUGUUUCUUGUGACAUUGUCUUGCUAUCCUGCUAUAUCGUCCUCAAUUAUGUCGCUUUCAACGGGUAAUACUGAAUGGCUUGAAAAAUACUUUACUGCACUCGUGUGCUUUCUUCUAAUGAACUGCGGUGAUUAUGCUGGUCGGAUAAUAUCUGGAUAUCUAAAAUGGCCAAAGUUUGGUCAGUCCAACAUGCUACUGAUAUUGGCCCUACUGCGAGUGGCAUUCAUCCCCCUACUGAUGUACUGCAAUGUUCAACCGAGAUCUGACCCUGUGGUGUUCAACAGCGAUAUCUACCCAGUAGUGUUUAUCCUGCUACUGGGGCUUACCAAUGGGCACUUCGGCACUUUGGCCAUGAUGUAUGGGCCAGGGAAGGUGAUGCCGGACCAGGCUGAGAGGACCGGGGCCAUCAUGUCCAGCUUCCUGACCACGGGGCUCGUGAUUGGCUCCCUGCUGGCCAUACUGCUCAUGAAAGCACUGUAAAGAAUCUCCUUUGUGUUGCAUCUAACCUUGUGAAUCUCUCUGGUAUUGGAUUGGAACUUACUGUAUAAACAAUGUCAUCGCUGGUUGGCGACUGACAUGUAUAUACAUUUCUGUGAAAGAAGUUAUGACUUUUACCUUUAGAUAAAAUCUCCACUGGUAUUUCAAUCUGCACUGAAUAUAAAAUCUCUGAAUAAGUGUUAGCUAAUUGUCUACUAAAGUAGAGAAAAAUCUUGUGGAAAGUUAACAAAUAGCAGGAAUUAGAGAGAUGGACUCUUCCCUUUCGAUAAAAGCUUUAAGAUAAAUCCAGAAGUUAACUAGGUCGUUUGGUAAGCGCAAUGGUUGGUACAUGCUUUUCACGGAGGCGUUCUGGGUUAAAUUCACGCUCUUGGUACAUGUGAGGUUGGUUGGUGGUCACCAUACCGGAUAAAUGUGGGGUUACCUCCAGGUUCUCUGGAUUCGUUCUUCAGCAAAAGACCACAUCAAAUAUUUAGAAACUGCAGCUAUAAUUUAAAAUUUGUCAAAAGUUUUGUGAGUCCAGUAAGUUAAAUAGGUAGAAGUGCUAGGACACACUCCGGGUUCUUUCUUUAUGCAGCCUCAGGUAGGGAGAGGAUCUCAUCAACUUGAAAAUAUGUACACAUACGUUAUUUAGCCUCAGGGGGGGGACUUCAACACUUAGAAAUGUGUACAUACGCAAGUUAACUGUUGUUGACUUUUGAGAUAAGUGUUAAGCCCUUGGAAAGAAAUUUACAAGUUGUUGACUUUGAUCUUUAUAUAAAUGCUUUGCACUAAGUCUGUUGGUUGAUAUUAAUUAUUGCCUUUCUAUGACAAUCUGAUAAAAUCUCCCAAGAGAUAUCUGUAGAAUUGAAUAUUUGUAUUUAUUGAUUCUGAGCAUUAAUUUAUAUUCAUAUGUGUAGAUUUUAGGAGUAUGGUGUAAUUUGAUUGUGAAAAAACUAAAAUACACAUGUAUAUAUAUAUAAAAAUAAAGGUUAACUAUUAGAUUUUUUAGAGCCUGUACCUGGCUUUUGUGCCAGUUUGCAGGUUGUAUAGAUUUAUUGACAUUGAUAUAUAUAUAUAUAUAUUCUUCAACAUUUUGUUCAAAUGGAAAAAAUCUAGUUAUUUUGUAUAGCGGUUAUUGUCUGUUGUAUUCUUCAAAUAUAGUGUAUUCCAUGUAACCUAUUCAACAAACAAUUUCUUUUACGCUUUUUAGAAUGAUCAUAAUGCAUGUAUUUGAAGGGCUAAUAUUAUCUGAUUGAUACAUUUCUAGGUUUGAGUGUUAGACUGUUGUAUCAACUUAACAUUUCUAUAUCAGAUACAGCUUUACAUGUAUGUGCAUUUUUAUGCCACCGGUAGGGUGGCAUAUAGCAGUUGAACUGUUGAAAUCCAAGGGAAGUAACAAACUUUAAAGGGAGAUAAUUUCUAUUUUAUAUCUUUUGGCAGGUACAGAUCAUUUUCACAAGGGAAGUAAUAUAUUUUUUAAAGGGAUAUAAUCAUAUUAUUUUUUAUAAUCAAAGCGGCGCAGUAGGGGGAAUUGUGUUUCUGACAAACACAUCUCUUGUUUUAUUUUUGCUAUGAAAUGUUUAUAAAAAAUUGAGCCACCUUCUAGAAAAAACCGGCUUAAUGCAUAUGCAGCCUUUUAUGGAAAUUUGUUAAAAGGAUUUCUCUUUUAAACAAAAAUACAUCCUAGGCUGAAAGUGUUAUCCCUGAUUACCUGUAGCCUGUGCAGACUGAAUAGACUAAUCUGGGACGACACUGUAAGCACUUGCAUUAAGCUGGGCUUUCCUACAAAAAGAAGUUCUCGAGGUAAAAUUUAGUAGUGUUCUGUGAUAUUUUAGGGCCAGUAAUUUUUGUCUCGGCUAGAUUGAACUUUACCGGUACGCAGUUGUUUACCACUAUCAACAAAGCGGGGGUUUGGGGGCAGAAGCCCCUGAUACUAAGGCAAUAUAUAGGAUAAAAAGGAUUAUUAGGUGUUGCUUUAGGUGUUAAAAUUAUACGCUUUUCCAUUCUUUUUACGUACCGGUAAAGUUCAAUUGUCCCUUUGUCUCAGAAUUGUAUUUUUCUAAUUGCAAGGAAAAAGAUUGACACAGUUGUGUCAAAAAGUUUGCUGAUUUUUUGUGUUAUAAUUCAGAGUUGGUUUAUUGGCAAAUGAACAAUCAUUUGAAACUUGCUCACAGAUUGUCAAAAUAAAACUUCAUGAACUGUUGGUCUCAGAUUCAGAAAAUUAAAGAACAUUGUACAUGAUGGAGAAAAACAACACUUCUGACAUAGACUCUUAUUGAAAAUAUAAUUUUGUUUAUGAGUAAUCAUCAAUAAAAUUGAUACACUUUUUGGCGAAAUUGGAAGUUGUAUUUUUGUGUUAAAGACAUGUUAUUAAGAUUACAAAGGUUGGCUUUUUAACACAAAUCUUAAUGAAAUAAAUAAGGCAUGAAAUGAGAACUUAGUCAGAUCCUGUAUUUCUUUUAUAAACAGACAAACAAUUAAAUUGCAAGCAUAAAUUAUUCUUUCAUGAAUUAUCUUUAGUAGUUGACAAUUUAUCAAUGGAAAGUUGUGUUUUUGUUUAUAGGGAUGUCAUGUACUUUUUGAAUCCCACUUGCUAUUCUUUUAAGAAGCCAAGACAUAAUCAAAAUGAGCCUCACUCUGGGUAAACGGAGCUUAAUGCAUAUGCGUUCAGUGUUAUCUCAGAUUAGCCUGCGCCGUCUGAAUCGGCUAAUCAGGGAUGACACUUUCCGCUAUAGUCUGAAUUUUCAUUAAACGAUAAAUUCCAUACGCGCGGAAAGUGUUGUCCCUGAUUAAUCUGGGAAGAAACCUCACGCACAAGCGUAUAAAAAUAACUACUUGUGUUGGGUAUAGUAAUGUGCCUGCAUACUGCCAAAUUUAAUACUUAUUAUACAUGUACUGCUAUUGUAUUACACUUCCUAUAAUGUAUUUUUGUUUGCUACAUUGUUAUAUGUAUUUGAUCACACUGUCUGUGUCUGCCAUCCGAAGAUGCUGUCUUCCAAUCACAUGGUAUGAGUAACACGUUUGCUGCAUUAACAUGACACAUCAUGUCUCUUUGUUGCAAAUGAUAUUAUAAAUUACAUGUAUAUAUAUCAAACAGUCACAUGCUUUAUUUUUUGAUUUUGUACAUUUUACAUUAUUGUACACGUUAUAUCUAGUAUGCAAUGUGUUGAGAUGAAAUUGUAUGCUAUUGAUGUAGUAUGUUGCCUAGUUGUAGAAUGUAUUUUCAGACAUUUGAAUCUCAUAUUUGCUCGUUCUGUUGCAGUGGAAUGCGAAUCAUACUUGGUCACAUAAUUCAUUGUAUAUUCAUCACAUUUAGGUACCAUUUUAAGCAAUUUUUGUAUCGGUUAUAUAGGGUAAAUCUUUUGGCUAAGUCUGUAUAGUCUAUGUAUUUGCAAUUGAAACACAAUACUGCGAAAAGUGAUAAGGAAUUCCACAAAAAAGCUGCUUUUUUCCAGAAAUGUUUAUCUCAUCUUUUUUUAUCCAUUUUACAAUUGCAUCAAUAUGAAUGCUUUGAAAUUUAAAUUGGAUACUACAAGUCCAUUUAAUUAUUUAUUUUGCAAUACCUCAAUGCUGAUUUCAUAGCAGUCCUCAGUCACAUAUAUUGCCAGCUUGUUUGCUUUCAGAAGAAAACUGCUAAGAGUAGAGGCAAAGUAAUACAUCCUGUGUCUGCUCUGACCAUUUGUAGUAUAAGGUUUCAACAGUAUUAUUAUUUACAUCAUACCAGCAUUUAUCUUUGGAGUGGCUAUAUCACUAUAAUCCUUGAUCUAGUGUUUUAUAUUAUAUACAGUAAAACUGCGAUAACUCGAGGACUGACCUCAAUGCUCGAGUAAUCGCAAGUUUCGAGUAAUCCAUGGUAUCAUUUGUUUUCACUGUUUUGGUUGAUGAUGCUUAACUUCUGACCGCAAACGCUUUAUUUACAUGUAAGACUGUGCUUGGAAAAGAAAAGGAUUUGUAAGAAAAAAAUCGCUUAAGGUUACAGUCUACUUAACUAAACAAUAAGAAUGAUCGUUCAUUCUUUUUUAUACCAUACAUUUUAUCAUAAUUAGUGAUUGCUGGUAAUCAUUUAAUUAUCAUUAAAACGAUGUAGCUUUUAUUUGCGUCUCAAAGGAUGGCAAUUUACUGUGUUUCUCAAACUGCGACUAACUUCACACCUUAUCAAGCGUUUUUGUCUGCUUGAUUGCCCUGUUUUCACAACUCGAAUAUUUUUAGCACCGACCACACGAGAAAGUGUCCUCGAAUAAUUGCCCGUUAAUUACGUGUGAAAUGCCUUUCAGGGACCAGCACACAUCCUCGAGUUAUCGAAAAUCGCAUGUUUGAGUUAUUGCGGGUAUUUUAUAUAGAAAUUAAAGGAAAAUGUUAGGGACUUCCUUUCAUGCUCGAGUAAUCGCCAGUUUUCGAGAAAUCGCCAGCUCGAGUUAUUGCAAUUCUACUGUAUUAUAAAUACCUACAUGUAUUUACAUUUUAUUUGAACAUUUGGAUGAAGAAUUAAUAACAUAUAUAACAAUUGUAAAACAUAAACAUAUAUUCUGAUCAAUGUGUUACAGUACCAUACAAAAAUGGAAGUUAGUUCAUGCAACAACUACGGGCUGUUGUUCCCCCUUUAUUAAGAUAGCUAAACAGGAUUACUUAGAACACAGAUGCUGUAAUAAUUGGGUAUUGUCACAAAACUUGUCAAUAAAAACUUGAAAGAAUACCAAGGGUCACAAACUCAUACUAGUAUUUAUUGUUUGAUCACUCUACCAGUAAUACUUAAGUCAGAAGUCCCAAAUUUUCACCUGAUUGCCUUAUCAAAGCCCUAAGUUGUUAACUGCUUUAGUCAGACAAAAAAAUUGUGCCAAAAUACCCAGGUCACAAAAUAUCUCAGGGUGAUUUGCUUUUGUGAAGGUCAACAAGGCAAGCUGAAAUAAGUGCUGUGAUGCAAAAACGGGUCUUAUGCCAUAUGCGGACAGAGUAGCUCCAGAGCAUCAUUCGCAAUCUGGUUGGUUGUCUGCUUUAACGUCUUGCAAGGCUUUGUUGUCUCAUUAGCACACAGAGUAGCUCCUAAUCAAACUGCGCAGGCUGAUCAGGAGCUACGCUGGCAGCAUAGUUAAUAAGACUCAUUUUUGCAUUACACCCUUCAAAUACUUCUUCUAGUUACAUGCCUCGCUAUACUCCUAUAUGUACAGACUGACCCGUCUCUGUUGAAUAUGUUUUCCAGAUAUACCUGUAUAGCAUGAAUGGUUGAUGAUGAUAAUGCAAAUACAAAUUUGUUGUUUCAGCUUAUUUGUACCAUCAGUAUAUGAAUUAUUGUUAUCCUACUGUUACAAAUAAAAAUAUAAACAUCA